GGAGAGGGUAGUUUUUAUUUAAAGUAUUUUUAAAAAACUUAAAGCAAUUCUGAAAAUUUUCAGGUGGACUGCCAUGAUGCCAAAUACGAAGAAAGCCUAAAUUAUUCUAUGCCGGAUUUUCCCAAACUCACGGAUUUGGCUAUGUACGGCGUGGAGUUUGCGGAAAUCGUGGACUGCGCCUUGCAGAAGUACGGCAAAACCUUGCAGUCGCUCCGCGUGAUCGGAGUUAAGAUGCCGAAUCUGAGCUUUCAACGAAUCUUCAAGUCCUGCCCGAAACUGGAAGGUCUUUACUUGGAGAAGGUCGGCGUGACCGACAAUUCUGAACCAAUAAACUUCAACAAACUCAGGGUGCUAAAUCUGGUGAAAGUCAGCUCUCCAGGCCCCUCCAAAAUAUUGACGGCGCCAAACCUGAAGACCAUUGAGCUCAAGGUCACGGGCUUGGACAUGAGGAAUUUGAGCCAAGUGCUGCCUCCUAGAAACCAGAACAACCUGAAGUCUUUCUACCUCACCCUGAGAACGAGUGAUAUUAUUAGUGAAAUUUCAGAGGACGAUUUCAUUCGAAUAGCCAGCUUUUUGAAACAUUUAGCCGCCGUCUCUCCGAGGCUGACUUUCUUGAAUUUUAACAUAGGCUGCACCAGCCAUAAUUACUACACUUACCCCUCAGUAGUGCAACAUGUCAAUGAACAAUAUUCAUUCUACAAAGAAAAGGGAUUUAAUCUUGAUUGGCUAAUUGAUUUAGAUUUAGUCCGCAUUUUGGAGGCAAUCGGCAACGCGCGAUUUUAAUUGAUUUGUAAUGCCUAGUAUUUUUCCAGUCCAUUAUUAUGAUUUUGUAAAUUUUGUAUAUUUUGAAAAUUUGUAUAAAUAAAAUCUGGACUUAA